UCCUUGCGAGUUAAAAACUGUUUUGGACACUGCCUUUUUUCUACUUUUCUAUUUAUUUUAUAAUCUUCUCGUACUUAAUUGAGUACAGUUAUGUAUUAUUGUGAUCAUGAACACAUCAGUGAGGUUUCCGUCCGUCUGUAACAGACGCAAUAAAAACUGUGAUACAACAACUGUAAAUUUUAAAACAACAGCUUCAGAGGCUGUUUGGCAACAGCUAGGGUUGUAAUAGACUGGGGGACUCGUACCUGUCUAUAUGUCAACAUACCCUCUGUACACUACUAUCUUCAGAAACCCCUCCUCCCCCUCCUUGUAAUUUAGACUGCAACGCCUUCAUCAUGUUCUAAACCUUAGUUCAGGCCGGGUUGGCCUGAUUGAGGCAAGAGCCCUCAUUCUUUCCCUCACUUACUUUGACCUCCACUUUAAGUAGUAUGGAGGUUCAUCCGUUACUCGGUCAGCUGGACAAACUGCUAGCUGAGGAAGGAGAACUGGUUGGGCGUGGUCCUCUGGCCCUGCCCCACCAAGGCAUCUCUCCAGGGAUGCGGGACGGGUCCGCCCAUGUCCUGAGAUGCCUGAAGGUGUGGUUCGAACUCCCAACUGACGUGUUCCACACUGCAACUGCUAACAUCGACACCUUCUUGGCCAAAAUGAAGGCGCAGCCGAAACAUCUUUCGUGUAUAGCCGUCGCAGCCUUUCAUCUGGCCUGUAAUCAAUACAAGAUGGAGUUCGGUUGUAGUGUUCCUGACCCUCAGACCCUGGUCAACAUUUCACAGAGCAGGUGCUCCGCGUCCGACCUCACCAGGAUGGAGGGGAUACUGGCAGCUAAACUAGGCGACCAGACUAUCCCUGCUCUUCCUGUCACCUGCCUAUCCUUCAUACGAUCCAUGUGGGAAAUCUGUAGAGCAGCUUCUGAUCGUCUAGAGAUCAGUCCAACUCUUCCUUCUCUUCCUCAGCAUCUUCUUCAUCAACUAGAAAUCCUGGUGUGUGAUAGUUCAACUAUGAAGGUUCGCUCCUGCGAACUAGCAUUGGCGCUCUUAUGCACAGAGUUUCAAAGGAUAGCAGGAUCUGAGAAAACAGCCGUUUCCGCUGCACUGAUGGGGUUCAUAACCGAACUGCAGAAGUACUGCGGGAUCAGCACCAAGGAGUUCAUCAUCUCUCAUACCUUGGUUCUUGGAAUCCUAGACAAAUACAAUGGGGACAGUCAGGUCCCACAUCGACAAAGGUUGGUUUGGAAACUGAGCAACCGAACUUUAAAACAUCUUCGUCCAACGGAUAAACUUCGUCCAACUCUUCCAAGGAUAUCAGAAGAAAGUUUAGACAGAUCUGCUGCGGGUCGGUUUCGUUCAGCUAGCGAGUGUUCCCUUGAGAGCCUGAGCGACAGCGACAACUGUAGAACUGCCUGUAGCGAUAGUGAGUCCGAUAUGGAAAUGGAGGAGCCCCGGACCUGGGCCAAGAUAGUUGCAACAAAUUAGACCUUCCUUUCCCCUUUUAGCCCCGGAGGAGGGGCUAUUCCAGCGGGGGGGCAGGGGACCUUGGUUAUAUUUAGGCCCGCCCCCUGCCCCGCCCUCCGGCACUAUUCUGAAGAUAAACGUGAGGUUGACGCAGAAAACUGCGUCGUAUGAAACGGUUGGAGGGUUAGACAACCUCCAUCCUGAUUGUAUCUUUAUGCUAUAUAGUGAAUAUUGAUUGAGUCUAUUCUUUAUAAUAAUAUUUGACACUUUUAAAACCCAUUUGGAACCAUUUAGGCCCAUGCUGACUUUUAAAAUUAUAGGCUUCAAACCUAAUCCGUUUUUUUGUUAAUUUGCAUGGGUCGUUAUAUAAACAAAACCUAUAACGCGUAAAAAACAAAACAAAAAUUCUCAAAAAUAACAAAAAUAACAAAAAAAAAUGACAUGAUAUAGUUUCCAUCAAUAUUAGAUUUAAGUAAAUGUAAGGCUGAAUUAUGCCACGACUUCUCGGAUACACACAUUCAAAUCUUAUACUCACAUUAACCAUUAUUUAUCUCCGAGCACUUGUGUCUAAACCAGGGUGAAGAUGGCAUUAAUAUUUCUCCAGGAUCAAACUAACCCCACUCAUGACGGGUUGGCGAGAUCUUGCAGCGGUAUUCAGGCUUUCUUUCCUUGGAAUAAUUCAACCUUUAAUAUUUUGCUUCAACCAUUAUUAGAUCUUUAGCUAAUUUGGGGGUAUUUACUUCCAGGGGCUUUAAACACAUAUACAUCCAUGAACCUCCCCCCUGGGGCUGAAAUGAUGCCCCUGAGGGGACAAAAUAGGGACUGUUUGACGCCCCUGAAAGUAGCAUGAGAAGGUAUCCUGUCUUUGUUACUGAGGCAGGUUGCAAUCUCAGUUCUCACCCUGUAAUAGCUAUGGUACAUGAGAUGACUUAUCCUAUACUAACGCCAGAUAAACUCCUUGCCCCUUCCCCCUGCCACACCCCCCGCCUACUCAAACUAGCUUACUUUAAACCAAAGAGUAACGUGCAUUAUUCAUGGUUUAUUUAACACUGAAAACUGAAAAUCAAAACAAGUUUGGAUUCUUGAAUCCGACAUUGCUUCCUUAAGAGGAGCGUUUCUAUCUUCCAGCGGGGGGUCUUAACACUACGGCAGGGGUGUAGGAAGGGGCCAGUUCCUGGCUAGGAUACUUGUGAUGAAGAACAAAGUACAAGUUAGUCCAAAUAAGUUGGUCCCGGGUGUUCAGGUCUAUAUUGGUCUGAUACGAGGCCACCCGGGCCCACACCAUCAUGACGGGUUCAUCCUGCUCAUCAAGGUUCAUACCUUGGUACAUAACAUCCUUCUUACCUGUAGUACAUAGUACUUAUCAAUGGGUACAUAAGAAUGUACAUACCGACCAGGACCUUGAUGUACAGGACUGAUCGUUCGGUAACCGAAGAAUGCAAAAUUUUAAACCGAUCUCAAAAAAGCAAAAAAACAGGAGUGCAUGAAAUUGCGCGCCAUUAUUCCCCUUUCUUUGGGAAACUGAGACUGAGAGGCGUGUCCUGAGUAAAUGAUUGAAUGUAAGGUUACCGAAUUGGUUACCCCGUCUAGACCGACGAUAGCGACACAAUUCGGCGGCCGAAUGGAAAAUAUCGAGCGCCGAGGUGUGCCGCAUCGCCAGUUCUCAUUUGGCUGUCAGUGGGUAUGUAAUGAAGCAGACUUUAGAUUCCGUUCCGAUCCGUGGAUUUGCUUGAGGAGAAGGGGGUGUUGAGGGACUUGAGGUCCGGGGGGUGCUGAUUAUGAUCCAAUAUUUGGGGAAUCAUCAUUCAGUCGUAGAAUUGAUCGGAAGUUGAACCGAGCUGUGAGAACGAUCGGAAGGAUGUCGGAAAAUCCACAAAGCUUGGAUCGGAAGACAUCUCGGAAGAUCGAUUGGUUCUUUGGAAGAUUGGAUUCCGAUAUAGGAAUGGUUUAUUUAUAUAAUGAUGAAUUCGGAACGGAUCGGAACGGAAUUAAUUAACAAGUUCACUUUGACAGAUUUUUAUUGUAAAUUACUAGUCCUGCUCUGUUCACAAACGACUCCAGAUUUUAAUCAAUUAAUUUGAAUGAACUUAUCUUAAAUCUUGUUUGUGAAAAGAGCAUUGAAAGGAGCGCAUGUUUAGUAUAUAUGUUGAAAAUGGAAUUAGUGUUUGUGUUUAUAUUCCCACAUAACCGGUUUAUUCAUGGCAUGCCGUGUACUGCGUUACACGCGCGUCGUUCAAAACAAGAUAUAUUUAAAAAAACGAAUUCAUACAGACUAAAAUGCCAAAUUCGUAAAUUUUUUUUUCAUUCUGAUCUUUAUUUUUGUUGUCAGAUUCUUCAUUUAUUCUGUAUAAAACUUGUGACCGAGGUGGAUUCUAUAUUGUAAAGCAUUGGAGACCUUGUAACUCAGGAACUCAUGCUUAUCCCACUGUAGCUCUGUGAUAUGGGUUGAUGGUUAGGACAGGUUAGGGGGCGACCUCUCAACUUGCCCUACCCCUCAACCCUUACAGCUGACCGAGAAAUUAGGUUUUCUGGGUUCUAAAAGUCUUUCAAAGAGAAAACCCUGAUAUAAAAUGAGGAAGUAUUGCAAUCUAGAUGAUAAGGAAAUUAUAUUGUACAGAGUACAUACACAGCGCAAACCAGUGGAUAUACAUUCAUCCUUUGAUUAAUCUGACAGUUUUAUUUAUUUCUUUAUUUCUUAACAGUUUACAUAUACGAGUAUGUAUAAUCUAUAUUUCAUUCCCUAUUCUAUAAUUAUGUUCAUGUAUUUGUCCAUCGACCAACCGCUCCACAAUUGUAUAUUUCCUUUAACAAAAAAUUCGACUCAAUUUUUGUGAAAUAAUUGUUCGUAAUAGUAAUUGGAUCUUAAAAUACACAUUUCUAAAACAAA